AUGGCCCGCCUCACGCUCACCGACGCUGAUGCGAAAGUGCGUCGCUGGCUCAGCGACCAAGUCCAGAAACUAGGCUGUGCACUGCAUAUUGAUCAGAUGGGGAACAUGUUCGCCAGGCAAAAAGGCCGAUUGAACUCACCAGCACCCAUGAUCGCCAUGGGUAGUCACCUAGAUACCCAGCCCCGAGGAGGGAGGAGAGCGGGUAUCACACGGCGUUUGAUGUUGGGUUGGUUAAUUGGACAAAAAGGAGCCAGAUUUCCCAAAUCAAUGACUUCCUCGGGGGUUUGGGCUGGCGACAUACCCCUCCAGGAAGCAUGGGAUCUCCGCGACAUCCACAAUCCCAACAUAACCCUCAAAUCCGAACUUGAGCGACACAACUAUCUCGGCGAAAUCGCCUGCUCAUAUGACUCUGCAUCUGGAUACCCACUCAGCGCCCAUUUCGAAUUACACAUCGAACAAGGCCCCAUCUUGGAACACACUAACCGAUCUAUAGGCGUCGUCCAGGGCUCGCAGGCAUAUAGAUGGCUAAGCUUUACCAUCUCCGGUCGAGACGCGCAUACCGGUACAACACCGCUUAGCGCACGCAGAGAUCCGCUCCUGGCGGCCUCGAGAAUGAUAGCAUCCUCUAACGAGAUUGCGCAGCGAUACGGCGCAUUAGCGUCAACUGGGAUAUUCAAAAUCCCCUCUAACGCGUCAACAAAUACAAUCGCUUCAGAAGUGACAUUCACACUCGACAUUCGUCAUCCAGAUGAUACCGUGGUUGAUACAGUGCAAGCAGAAUGUCUUGAAUCAUUCAACAAGAUCGCCGCGCAGGACGGAAAGGGUGUCUCGUUUGCAUGGCAAAUCGACACUGAUUCCGCCGCGGUUCGGUUUGAUGAAAACUGUAUUAAUGCGGUGAGAGCCGCAGCACAUAAUCUCGUAGGACCGGGUAAGUAUAUGGACAUUACCAGUGGUGCGGGUCAUGACGGCGUGUAUACCAGUCGACGGUGCCCAACAACAAUGAUUUUUGUGCCGUGUCGCGAUGGCGUUAGUCAUAAUCCGGAGGAGUAUUGUUCGCUGGAAGAUUGUGCGAUUGGGACUCAAGCGUUGUUAGAGGCGGUCGUGUAUUAUGAUAGGUUUCGGAUGAAGCAAGAAGGUGAAUCGUAA